AUGCCUGAAACUGAUUCCUUUUCGUCAUCUACCUCCUCUUCAUCAUCAUUAUCUUCACCAAGAGGUUGUUAUAUUCAAUCAUUGGAUUCCACCACAACAAAUAGUUCCAAUAGUACAACAAGUAUUGCCCGAUAUAAAACAGAACUUUGUCGUCCUUUUACUGAAACGGGAAAAUGUAAAUAUGGUGAAAAAUGUCAAUUUGCUCAUGGAUUUCAAGAAAUUCGACAAUUAACACGUCAUCCAAAAUACAAAACAGAAUAUUGUCGAACAUUUCAUACCACCGGAUAUUGUCCAUAUGGACCCCGUUGUCAUUUCAUUCACGAUAUUAGUGAAGCACGGACGAAUGAUGAUCAAGUUGAACAAAAAACAACAACAGUUCGUCGACAUUCAGAAAAAACAACGUCACAACCACGACCUUACACAAGGACAAGAAUUAACAGUGAUUAUGCUUCAUCAAAAACGUAUUCAAAUAUUCAAAUUUAUGAUAAUUCUCUACCUCGCUAUCGUCAACUAUCUAUUUCUCCAAAUACCAUAAGAAAUGCUCAACCAUCAUCACUGUCAUUCUCGACUGAAAACAAUCAACGUAUUAUUACAUCGAUUUCAUCAUCUAAACCAGUUGAACUUUAUCAAAAUCGUGAUAAUAAAAAGAUAUUUGAACCAUGGUUCAAUCAACAAAAUGAAAAUGUUUUUAAAUAUUCCAAUUGUCGUCGGACUGUUGACAUGUUUGACACACAACGUGUUUAUCGAACACAAUAUGUAUAA